AUGCACGUUUUCAACUUCGCCGCGCUUUUUACGGUGCUUGCCACCUUUACCGCCACCGCCGCCGCCGCCGACCAAGGUUCUAACACAUUUGAUCAGCGUUACCAAGGUUACCCCUGGAGGCCGGCGAACGGACCGAUUCGUGAGGAAAAACAAGAGAAUGUUGGUCACCGACGUGGUGGGGCUGAAUAUUUCACGUCGGGUUCCCCGUCUAUCGCGGCUGAAGAUUAUUCCGCGAAAAACGCCCCAAGCAGAUUCGAGCAAUGGAAGGCUCAACAAAAGGAGCGUGCUGAAAGAAAACAAGACCGCGGACUUAAUGGUAUUAGACGGGUGGAGAAUUAUUACCCGUAA